AUGUCUUUUGUUUCCGGGGACGACGUCGCAAUCAGACGGCGGAUCUUCAAUUCGAUCCUGCUCCUCUGUGCCUUUGUCGGGCUGCCGCUGUGGUACGUCACCACGUCCGUGCACCGCGUCGAGCUGCCGGCCGCCCAGAUCUACAGCUUGUCGUCGCAGCUGUCCUCGUUUGUCAGUUACGAGAUCCCCGUGUACGUGGAGGUUCCCACGACGGCGUCUGGCGUGGUUGCCGAGGCGCAGCAGCAUCUGGACUCUCUGCUGAAGUCCUACAACCUGCCAAUUUCGUGGCACAUCGUCCUCAGAACCGGCACCGGAGGAGACCGCGACUACAAGGUGGAGCUCGUGAUGGACGGGGAGUCGGACAAGAUCUACGUUUCUCCGUUCGAAGACCGCAAAAUUAAGCUGUACGCGUCGCCGACGGUGAUAAACAGCAACAAAGUCGCCGACCUCAUAGCGCGCAUGUUGGUGCAGGACGUGUUUGCAGACGAGAUCCAGAUGUUUGCGCGCUACGACCAGCCUGCGUCGGCAAUUAAAAUGCCGUACUCGCCCAGAUACCACGUCACCCUGUCGCUGUUGCAGGGCGGUAGCGACCCCAUCGCCUGGGACAUCGAGCAGGCCGCCCCGCUGUUCGAGAACUACCUGCACAGUUUGUCGCCGUACGCGAACUUCACGCUCGACUCGCAGGUCCAGCACUACAACAAACUGUCAGACAACAUAGCCCUGCGGUACGACGACGAGCAGAAGGCGUUUCUGCUCAAAGAGGCCGACACAUCCACAUUCAUCGACUACUCCGAAUGGGGCCUCGACCAGAACACGCAGUCGGUGCCGGUGAUCAAUUUUGUGGCGUACGUUCCUGCGUCGGCGGUGCGGCCUAUUAUCAUCGAAAACUCCGUGUCAAACUCGUUUAUUGUGCCGCAAUGGGGAGGCGCAGCAAUACUCAACACCGACAAGCAGGUGCUCGAGUACGGCGACCUGUUGCCCGUGAUGGAGAUCUUUGCCUCGCAGCUGUUCCAGCUGGUGGGCGCGCCGUCAAAGCCCAAGUCGCCAGCAAUCAGAACCGACAUCCUCACCAGAGUCCAGUCGCUGCAAAACAUGCACAAGUCGAUCGACAACCUCAUCUCUCUGUGCAAGCUGUGUCAGCAAUUACCUAAUAUCAGUGUUCCUGACAGCACGCGUGAACAAGUGGAACACGCCAUAGAGAGAAUAAUAGAAGCUGCAGCCGCUGCCAGAAACGGCAAUUGGGCUUUGGCCAACUCUCUGGCAGCCAAGGCUUAUGUGCUCUCGGACAAGGCUUUUUUCCAGAAGGACAUGGUGCAGCAGAUGUAUUUCCCUGAGGAGCACAAGAUGGCUGUGUACACGCCGCUACUUGGCCCCUUUGCCACGAUAAUGCUGCUGGGCCUCGUGCGGCUGGUAAAUGAGGAGCGUGGGAGUGCGAAACCCAAAGAAGCGUAA